AUGAUUAUAAACUUACUGUUGACUCCUGACCCAUACUUGGAGGGCCUCUCGCUUCCUGUCGCUGCCUCUUCAUGUUAUGAUGGCGGAGGCCAGCGAAUGAUAGGCAUUGGGCUCCCCAUCUGCGAUUCUCGACUCGUACUCGGUGGUAGUGACACCCGAUACCAUACUGUCCUACUAUUUAAGCUGCUCUCCUCAAGUCAUCAGCCAGCUUCUUCACCUCCAACGUUCUUAGUCUCUUCCUUCUACCCACCAUACCCCAAUGCCCUCUUCCACCUCGGAACAAUUCCGGUCGUCAUACCUGGUCAGUACUGGGAGGUUGUGGCCAACGUCGCCGUUGAGUCUCGAGUCCCGGUCCCAGUGGAUAAGACCAUCCUAGCCAUCCAUUCCCUGCCAAAUGCUUUUCCAUCUCCACUUGAAAUGGCUUCAAUGGAGAGUAUCUCAAAUAGCAGUGAGGGACUUGAUCAAGGAAUCCACCUCCUGCCGUCGUGCCCUUAUCAUUCCCGCAUGAUCCGAUUACAGCUUCCGAACGAUGGGACCGCCCAUGUGAACCCUCUCUCUCGAUAUUCCAGUGCGCCUUGCUUUGAGCAACCAUGGGCACUCAUCAGCAAUAACGGCGUGGGGCAACCCUCAAACGGCUACACUUGUAAAGAGUUAUCCGAGAAUACCAUUAAUGUCUUAGGCCAAAAAGCUAUCGUGGGACCUGGCCCAAUGAUUGGGACGCCUUUUGAGGGGUCAACCAACAAGAAGCCAGCUUCGCACUGA